AUGGCUGGAAGAGUUGACCCGAUCGGAAAAUGGGGAGCAGCAGCAACGGCAACGGCACUACGCUCAAGAAACCUGGUAGGGUUGCGCAUCCCAUUGUUGGAGCACGUCGGGAGUCUUGGCCCUGGAGAUGCGGGGACAGGGCUGGCACUAGUGGGCUUGGCCGUUAUCAUCAGGACCCGUUUCGUUGUGUUCACGCUCUCUGAUUUGCUUUGGUGCUUUCUCCCAGUUCCAUCUGCCUUUCGACUCUCGUCGUCCCGUCGUCUUCGCAAGACACGCUACCGUCCUCUCCAGAACCCGCCUGCAUCCUUCCUCAUUCUCGCUCGACCACCGCUCUCCACAGUCACGACACGCUUACCCCUGACGCUGACCCUCCUCUGCUCGAAUCAGAUCGCAUGCGGUACCGCUACCGCGACGGCGACCGCAGUGUCCUCGUUCUGA